AUGAAAAAACAAGAAAAAGCCUCAGCAAAAGACCUUGAUAAAACAGAGAUAACUGAUCCACCUGAUAAGAAGUUCAAAUGGCCAAGUGGCUCAGUGUUAGUGGCCUUGUGGACAGAGAUGCAGACCUUGAUAGGCAAGACCAGUGCCCUUGAGAAUGAGCCCAGUGACACCACUGAGAAUGUCAAGGCCCAAAUCGAAGACAAGGAGGAAUCUACUCUGAGCUUGGUGCUUCAUCUGAGGGGUGGCAUCAUUAAUCCUUCCCUUUUCCAGCUAACCCAGAAAAGCAACUGCAACAAGAUGAUCUGUUUUCAAUGCUACGCUUACCUGCAGCCUUGUGCUGUGAAUUGUCGCAAGAAGUGUGGACACACCAACAAACUGCACCCCAAAAGAAGGUAA